AUGCAGCCGGAUCAUCGAAAGAAAAGAUCAACGGAGAUGGAGUUCUUCUCCGACUAUGGUGAUGCGAAUAGGUUCAAAAUUCAGGAGGUCAUAGGAAAAGGAAGCUAUGGUGUUGUUUGCUCUGCAAUAGACACUCAUACUCGUGAAAAAGUGGCAAUAAAGAAAAUACACGACAUUUUUGAACACAUUUCUGAUGCUGCUCGAAUUCUUCGUGAAAUAAAGCUUCUCAGGCUUCUGAGACACCCAGACAUUGUUGAAAUCAAACACAUCAUGCUUCCACCUUCGAGGAGAGAUUUUAAGGAUAUCUAUGUUGUUUUUGAGCUAAUGGAAUCAGAUCUCCACCAAGUCAUAAAGGCUAAUGAUGACUUGACCCGAGAACACUAUCAGUUUUUUCUCUACCAGUUGCUUCGUGCUCUUAAAUACAUUCACACAGCUAAUGUUUAUCACCGAGAUCUAAAACCGAAAAAUAUUCUGGCAAAUGCUAAUUGUAAACUCAAAAUAUGUGAUUUUGGGUUAGCUAGAGUAGCUUUCAGUGACACGCCGACGACAAUAUUUUGGACGGAUUAUGUUGCUACAAGAUGGUAUAGGGCUCCAGAGUUGUGUGGUUCAUUUUUCUCAAAGUAUACGCCGGCAAUUGAUAUAUGGAGUAUAGGCUGCAUUUUUGCUGAGGUUUUGACUGGGAAACCACUGUUUCCUGGAAAGAAUGUUGUUCACCAGCUGGAUUUGAUAACUGAUCUUCUUGGAACACCUUCCAUGGAUACCAUUUCACGAGUGCGAAAUGAAAAGGCUCGGAGAUAUCUUACCAGCAUGCGCAAGAAGCAGCCUGUGGUCUUUGCUCAGAAGUUUCCAAAUGCCGAUCCUUUGGCUCUCAGACUAUUAGAAAGGCUACUUGCUUUUGAUCCAAAGGACCGUCCAACUGCUGCAGAGGCCUUGGCUGAUCCUUACUUUAAGGGAUUGUCCAGAAUCGAAAGGGAACCGUCUUGCCAGCCAAUUUCAAAGAUGGAAUUUGAAUUUGAGAGGCGAAGGGUUACAAAGGAGGACAUACGAGAAUUGAUAUUCUGUGAGAUAUUAGAGUACCAUCCUCAGCUGCGUAAAGAUUACCUCAAUGGAAUUGAGAGAACCAAUUUUCUGUAUCCUAGUGCCGUUGACCAAUUUAAAAAGCAGUUCGCUCACUUAGAAGAAAAUGGUGGUAAAAAUGGGCCUGUGAUUCCCCUUGAAAGAAAGCAUGUUUCUCUUCCUCGGUCUACUAUUGUACAUUCAAAUUCAAUCCCCGCAAAAGAACAACCAGCUGUUUCUAUUAUAAAAGAUCGGCAGAAUGGUGAAGAAGCAUGCAUAAGAAACUCCAGAGAUUCGGAUGGGCUUCAUAAUUGUCUAUUGCGAACCUUGCAGCCACCGCAGAGGAUACCACACGCCAAACCGGGACAUGUUGGUGGGCAAGUUUUACCAUACGAGAGUGGAAAUGCCAUCAAAGAAACACAUGAUCCACGAGCUUUAGUCAGAAACAGAGUCCUGUCUCCCCAGGUUAUUCCUUUGGCUUACUGUUACAAUAGAAAUAGCACAGGAAAACAGGAAAGACCUGUACCCGAGACGGAGGGGGAGUUGUCUAAAUCUUCUAAACAAAUACCUCAUUGUGGCAUGGCUGCCAAAUUAGCUCCGGAUAUAGCCAUUAACAUUGAUAGCAACCCAUUCUAUAUGACCCGAGCUGGAGUGACAAAGGUGAACCACCAUGUCGAGGAUAGAAUCACGAUAGACACAAAUCUGCUGCAAGCAAAAGCUCAAUAUGGUGGACUUGGUGUUGCUGCUGCCACUGCUGCAAAUGUUGCUGCUCACAGAAAAGUAGGUACCAUUCAAUAUGGUAUGGCAACAACCAUGUAUUAA